GGGCACCAUUCGUGCAGCAGAAGAAAGCGAGAGGCGAAACCGCUACCGUUACUUCGGUCUGCCCGUUUUUAGGGUUUGCUAAGAGAAAAGGAAAAGGAGGACUCGUGAGGUGGAUCGAUUGAUGGGUCACGACUCGAUGGCUAACGUUCCUUCGCUUCCGUCGAUGGUGUCUGGAAAAAAGAAGCGGGCAAAUCGAUCUGCGAAGCUGAAGCAGUGCAAACUCGAUGCUCGGCGUGAGCAAUGGCUCUCUCAUGGUAAGGAUAAGGAUGAUGAUUCUAAUGUCACCACCGGUCUUCAUUUGCAAGAUCCUCCCUUGGCUCCGAAAGGGAUGAUGAGAGAAGCAGAGGGCCGAGAUGGCAUUUCACCGUUGCAUGAAUUUAGGGAUAUGGAUUCCUCAUUCCGUGACCCUACUGUAGGUAAUCAUCAUAGAAGGGAUGUCUCUUCUGGCGUCAGUAGAAGCAGCAGAAGUAGCAGCCUGGAUUCCACCUCAAGAAGCAUCAGCGAUGGUGAAGAGGAAGAGUAUAUAGACAACAGAGGGGAAGAAAACGGGAUCCUUGAUGAUUGGGAGGCGGUCGCUGACGCCCUGACUAAGGAUGUUGGUGAUGCUAACCAUAGUCGUCGUUCUGUUCAUGAAAUUACUCCCUUUAAGGCAGCUGCCACGCCUGGUGUCCCAGUUGAGGUCUCUCGUGGAGGGAGAAUGACAAUGCCGGAGCCCAUCCUUAACACCAGAAGAGCUUGGGGACCAGAUGACUCAUCUCGUCCUCCAAGCCUUCCAAGUAUCUCAAAACAGUGGAUCCUGCCAAUGAAUGCAGGCCGGGACUAUCGGGUUUCCCAACAAAAGGGUCUCCUUCCCUUGCCAAUUCCCUGCCCUAUUUGCUAUGAGGAUCUAGAUCUGACGGAUUUGAGCUUUCUUCCUUGUUCUUGUGGAUUUCGGCUUUGCCUGUUCUGCCACAAAAGAAUUCUCGAGGAAGAUGGUCGUUGUCCUGGAUGCAGGCAGCAAUACAACUACACCCCAGGUGGAAUGGUGGAGGUGAACGUGGGAGGAGCAGGGCCUCCAGUUUUGCAAAUGCAAUUGUCUCGUAUAUGUACUUCAAGGCCUUAGAAUAGCUGAAGGCUGGUUCUAGCUCUCUCUUUUCCUGUUAUUGUAAUCUCCUAUGAAGAUGCUGCCGGUAUCAAGCUCUUAUAGAGUUUGUUUCUUCUCAAUGAUGAAUGUGAAUAUCUUUUAGGGGCCUUAUAGGCUGGUGUUGCAAUAUUGGAUCUUUAUAUUCUGGACACUUUUUGGAGUAGAAUUGUUGCACCGUGACCUCUUGUUUCUUA